AUGUGGCACACCUUCACUUAUCAACUCAAUUCUGUCUACGACGCACCAAUGCAGAGCUGGAGAAUGCGCAAAUCCUCGAAAGUCUCCUCGAUUUCGCCGGUAGCUGGUAGCACUCUGCAUUUGGACAAAAUUCCCGAUUUCUGUAUUGCACGCAUUCUAUCAUGGUGCGAACCAACGGAUGCCUACAAAUUCCGACUAACUUGUCGUCAGGUAAAUGAGACAUUCAAGUACUAUCGAAAGCAGAUGCGACCAAAGAAUCUCACAUUGUUCGUCAAUGCUGACUCGGAAGGCGUUGAGUAUUGCUAUCGAUCGUCUGAUUCGCGAUUCAUGGAGCCGAUGCUAAUUCCAACCGAAGUCAAGUAUACAACAAUGCAUGGGGCGCGAGUGAUAUUGAAUAUUAAUAUAAAGGGGCCAUGUUUGUCGCACGAUGAUCUCGCAGAUAUUUAUGAUAUUCUGUGCGACGCUAAAGUUGUGCGUUGCUCAUAUGUCGCUGAUACGAUUGAUGAGUUGACGAUCGAUUUGUUCAAUCGAUUCGAGAACUGUGUGUUUAGUAUGAAUCUCAAGAAUUUGGACGUCGGCAGCAUUUGCAGAUGUACUCUUCCGAAUAUCAUUUCGUUGAAUAUUGAGCACGAGCUGAAAUUCUACGAGUUGAACAAAAUCACCGAGUCGCUGAUGAAUGUCAAAUUCCUGUUUGCUAGUCUAUCUGUUGCAUCGUUGCCGGUUAUUACAAAGUGUGUUGAGGAGUUUCGCGACGGACUACGCACUUUAACCCAUUGGAGCUUCAAAAUCUGCGCUCCGCGCGACGUCCUUCAAGAAUUCCAUUUCGGCGUUGUCAUCGGAAUCGACCGCUUCAUCAUUCGUCAAAAAGACCGUUCGGCUGUCAUUCUUACACUUCAAGAUGAGCACAAUCAGCCAACAACUCAUAUCAACAUCAAAUUAACAAAAUAA